AUGAAUUCAUCAACCUUUGACUACGUUGAGUUCAAGGGCCCCUAUGGGUUUAUGCACUCCCCAGUGCCACCAGUGGUUAAUAUUCAGCCAAAGCCUAGUCUUUUCUCAUUUGUUAGUGAUGGUGUCCUUGCACUAGCGGCCCCUGUGAUAUGUUACUGGACCUACUCCAUGUUCUUUCACAUCGUAGACAUUUUUGAGUUGGCUGAGAAAUAUAGAAUUCAUGAUUCCGAAGAAGUCCAGUCUCGUAACCGUGCUGGCCGUGUGGAAGUGUUUUGCGAAGUUAUCUUUCAACAUAUUGUACAAACUACAGUGGGGUUAUUGUUUUUACAUUUUGAUGCAGAACCUACAACAGGAUUCGAGCAAAAGGCUAUCUGGGAAUGGAGAAGGAUUUUACCCAGCGUCAUUCCUGAUUUCGUGGUCUACUACUUUUACAUGUAUGGUAUCUCCGCUAUCAAAGAAGUUAUCGGAUUCGUUGUCAUUGAUACAUGGCAAUACUUUUGGCAUAGAGCCAUGCAUAUGAACAAGGAAUUGUACAGAAGAUAUCAUUCAAGACAUCACAGAUUGUACGUUCCUUAUGCCUACGGUGCUCUGUACAACGCACCAGUGGAAGGUUUCCUAUUGGAUACCUUGGGUACCGGUGUUGCCAUGCUACUUACUCAAAUGACCCACAGAGAACAGAUUAUGUUAUAUUCCUUUGCAACUUUGAAGACUGUGGAUGACCACUGCGGAUACGCAUUCCCAUGGGAUCCAUUCCAGAUUAUUUUCCCUAAUAACUCGGUUUAUCAUGACAUUCACCACCAAAACUUUGGUAUCAAGACCAAUUUCUCCCAACCUUUCUUCACGUUUUGGGAUUCUCUAUUCCACACGAAUUUUGCAGGCUUCGAACAAUAUCAAAACGCUCAAAGACGUGUUACGAUUGACCGUUACAAGGACUUCCUGAGGGAAAGAAAAGAGUUGGCACAGAAAGGUAUUAAUACUGCCUACCAUCCAAAGCGUAAGCAAAAUUAG